AAUCAGCGCACGUGCUUCACACGUCCUAAUAACCUUAUGUAGCAUCCUGGUGAUGAGUCUAAAGUAAUUUUCUGUCUGUAAAUAUGAGGGGAGAGGGGAAGGGUAUAUAAGACCCGUCAGUUUCAUUUCAACAUCAUAAUCUACUGUUAUUAUCAACCGCUGACAACAAAAAAGCAAAAUGAACGGACAGCUUUUAGUUUUGGCAUGCGCCGUCCUCGGCUCAUUAGCUUGGGCUCCCCGAGAAGAAGUCCGACCUGAAGUAGUGUACACAGCUCCACAAGUUGUUGCUGCUCCACAAGUUAUAGCUCCGGCUCCUGUCGUCACUCAAGUCGUUGCUCCUCAACCUUACGCCGCCCACCGACACCGAUUUUCUGGCUCUCUACUCCUAGCCAAAGCCAAGGCUGUCCUCAACUCCGAUGAAGUCUCUGGAUAUGCUUACCCUGCUUCCGCCGCCGUAGCUGUCAGACCAGCCGUUUAUGCUGCCCCAGAAAGAUUCUACCACGGAGCCCGUUAUUUGGCCGGCCAUGGUCCUGCCCCAGUGUUUGCCGCACCACACGCUUCUUACCCACAUAAUGGUGGAUAUCUGAAAUACCGACUGUACAAUGAUCUGUAUAACCAUCACAAUGAUGGCGAUUAUCAUCAUUCCCGAGUUGAGCAAGAAGAUCGAGAAAGACGACAAAUUCUCGCUUUGAGAGCAGCCGAAGAUGACAAACGACACCAUUUUGAAGAUUAUCUCCGACACGAAGCCGAUGAAGCCAUUGAGCAAUCAAAGUUCCGAGAAUUCGGUCGAUUUGCUCGACUUAAUAACUAUAUUCACCGACAAGAGGCCCAGGCUGAGUUCGGAUCUCUGUUAGGACAACUGCAACAGAAAAGACGAGAACAUGUGUUUGGUUUGGUGUUUCAAGUCAUCAAAUUUUGUAAAUGUCGAGAUGAUAUCAUAGAUUUACACCAAUAUUUCUCUGGUGCCGACAGAAGCAACAGAUCACUUCUACAAGUUGUGAGUGAAAUAUGUGAUCAUUUCAGUUCCUACGGUAGCUACGGAAACAAUCAACAGAAUGUGUUUGGCGAUGAUCCAAGUCAGCUGUUUGGACAAGGUGGUGUCAUCCCCAUCCCUAGAUCUCCGGAACAGGCUAAAAGAUGGUUUAUGAGAGGUUUGGUCAACACAAUCUGUGAUUCUUCUAAAUUCUACGUUGAAAAGGUGAAGAAACUAGCCGCUCAGCAAGGCUUCGCUGGAACAUUCGAUGCCCAGUACAACCAGAUGCAAAAUGGUCAAUACGACAACAACAAUAUCAACAAUAACAACGUCCCAAACAAUGAUAAUAACAACCAAAACAACUUCCCAGCUAAUAAUAAUAACAACAACAACAACCAGUUCAGGAAUAACAAUGGUGAUAACUAUAAUACGAACUAUAACGCCAAUACCAACGACUAUAACAGGAAUAACAAUAACAACUAUUAUAAUAACAACAGCCAAUAAGUUGUAAUUCUCCAGUUUGUAUCAAGGUCAAGUGUUAUUUAAAUGGUGAUAUAUACCGAAAUUACUAUAAUUAUUAUAUUAUUGUGAAUUAUAUUGUAUUUGCAUGUGAAGAAAUAUAAUGUUCUUUUAAA